GAGUUGUAUUGUAGUGACGUACACCCCUUAUUUAGCACUAGACCUGUAGCCCAUUAUCAAAAUAAUUAAGUAAUAUACGACAUCAGAGUUAGAAUUGCCUAGGUAGACAUGUUUUCCUCUAUAAAGCAAGAAUUUUCACUGGAAAAAAAAAUCAAGUUGGAGUUUGAUUUUAAAUCCGAGUUGAAAGACGAGGAGGAAGAGCCUAUAGGGACGGUUUAUAUCUGCGCGAACUGCACCACUCACGUGACCCUCACUCCAUCCUCAACCUUGCGCUGCACCACAUGUGAGCAUUUGACAGGUUCUUCUACCGUUUUUUAUAAGGUACGUACUCAGGCCACUACUUAUGAUACCAUCUAA